UUAGCAGGUAGCAGAAAUGUGCCUACAAUCAAUGUGUAAUAGUUUUUCUUCAGCUUACUAGCCUCAUGAGGAAAAUAAUGCUGCUUGACUUGGUCGACGGAAAAUAAUAUCACCAUUUAACAUUUUUUUAAUUCAAAAUAACGUCUUUGUAAUAAACCAAGUGGAAUAUUUGAUAAAUGUUGUAGGUGAACGUGGCAACCCUGUUUCCUUUUUUAAAAAAGUCCUACCGUGUACAGAAAAUAUGGUUAACCAAUAAUCGUCAUGUAUAGAGACAAUUUCCGCGCAUGCGCCUCAACCAUUUGAUUAGUCCUUCGGUACACAUCAGGUUUGAAAUAUACAAGUUAAUAGUCAAGUACAUUUUUGCUUAUUAUUAUCAAGAAAAAUUUAUAAAUGAGUCGCUCGUUCAAUAAUCAUUUGUUCGUGCCACAAUUCAUACAUAUCGUUAACGUAAUGCUAUACAAGCACAAUUAUUGAUUUGGAGUUUUUCUGUCCACAAAUAAACAUUAAGUCAAAUGUACAGACCAGGCAAAGCAAUUUAAACAAAGAAAAAAACUAAAUAGAAACAAGCUAGCUCCUAAAAAGUUAUAAACAGUGAAAACAUGGGGUGCUUAAGUAGUAAAGACCGUUUAACCAAAGAAGACAUGGAGUUUUUAAAAACGCAUACGAGAUAUGACGAAGCCACAAUUAAAGAGUGGUAUAAAGGAUUUAAGCAAGAUUGUCCAAACGGCCGAUUGACGCCAGCAAAAUUUGUCGAUAUGUAUAAAAUGUUUUUUCCAUCCGGAAAUGCGGAAGAGUUUUGCGACCAUGUCUUUCGUACAUUCGAUAUGGACAAAAAUGGAUAUAUUGACUUUAAGGAAUUUUUACUCGCAAUAGAUGUAACUUCAAGCGGAACACCGGAAGAAAAGUUGAAGUGGGCCUUUCGAAUGUACGAUGUCGAUGGCAACGGUGUCAUAGACAUACAAGAAAUGACCAAAAUUGUUCAGGCAAUUUAUGACAUGCUAGGAGCGUGCUCAUCUAAUCGUCCAGCUGAUUCAGCAGAAGAAAGAGCAAAAAAUAUAUUUGCAAAAAUGGACGAAAAUAAUGAUGGUCAAUUAACCCAAGAUGAGUUCUUGAAAGGAUGUUUGCAAGAUGAGGAGUUGUCAAAAAUGUUGGCACCAUAAACAAUUAUAUCCUACAAUAUGUGUGUAUUUGAUGAAAUCAGUAAUGAAAUGUAUAAAUAUUUAAUUUAUAUUUCUUAUACUAAAAUUAAACUACUAUAAAACUAUGAAAUCAUUAAACUAUUUCAGUGUGUCAUUAAAA